GGCGUUCAUCCGAUUGAACGCGUUGAAUUCGCAAUCGAUGCGAUCGGGCCAGCCACUUCAUCUCAGAUGAUCACCGCUGAGCUCCUGUGCAUCAUGGUUGAGGCAGCACGCCAGUUGGACUGCAUAUCGUCGCAAAAAUGGGAAAUCCGAAUUGGCCAUCGAAAUCUUAUCGUUGCUGCUGCUCGAUAUAUGGGCUUUGGUGAUUUGAACAGCCAGAAUAAGAUUUUGAAUGUCCUCUAUGCUAUUUCGACAUCAAACAAGAUGCUUCGACGUGAACAAAGAAUCGAGCGGCUUCGUGUUGGCACAGAGAUGUCGUUCAAUCAGGCCAAUUCGUUGUUGAAUGUUCUCGAAGGCGAUGAAUAUUCGCUGGAAGCGUUGAUUGCUAGAACGCAGUGCUUAAUGAACUGUCGUGAUGAUAGUGUCCGAGAAUUGGUACAGUCAGCCAUAGAUGUUCUCACCAAUGUUUCUCUCUUAUUGGAAUCUUUCGUCGGCGCAGACUGUAUGGCGGCACAUGUUCUUUUCGACGGCACUCUUUGCUAUCGACCACAGACUUAUUCCACCGGCAUAACGUUCCAGCUUCAGGUUCUCCUGCCACAUAAGGGCUCAUUGAGGCCUAUCAUCCUUGGGGCCGGAGGUCGAUACGACACGUUGCUGGAAGAUGAGCGCCAUGCGCAGGAUCCCAUCCCUCCAAAUCCCUUGUGUGCAGUAGGAUGCGGUCUCUCACUGGACACUGUGGCUCAGCUUUGCUGUACAAAUACUCCAGUGCGAAUGAUUGAGCUUAUUGAGCACUGCAACGAGAAGAAAAUCGAAACUCUGCUAGUGGUGCAUGGUGACGAUGAGGUGCUGGUCCGAAUUGGUGGAGCUGAUCUGGGCAAGAUGAGCAUCGACGAGGAGCACUGUAACGAGAAGAAAAUCGAAUCCCUGCUAGUGGUGCAUGGUGACGAUGAGGUGCUGGUCCGAAUUGGUGGAGCUGAUCUCGGCAAAAUGAGCAUCGACGAGGUGUUGAGCAAAUUCGAGAAUCAGACCGGCAAGGCAACAUCAGCCGUGGAAAGUUUCACGCAUUUGCACGGUAUCAGCCAAUCACCGGCUCGGCACGCAUCCGCAACAGCAACUGCUGCCAAUCUCAAUGUACGAUAUGCCGUGGCGGAGAAACCAGCGGUUAAUGCCAGGAAGAGAAAUGAGGCGCAUAUUCGUUCGUGUUUACAAAAAGCAAUUGCUGUGAUGACGCCACAGACCGUGAUCGAAGUGAUCGUAACGGAUCUGCCCACAGAUGCUGUUCGUCUGCUGACAACACUCAUCGAUCGCAAUUGUUCGAUGGACGAGCUCUCCGGCAGUUUUGCAACAGCAACAAAGCAAUUUAACAAAUUCAAGAAAGAAUUCGUGCGAAUACAAGAAGCUAUGGAGCCUUUCUUCCAACCCAAAAAUAACUCACCUAUAGUACUUUUUUCAAGGCAAACCAGUAACGGGUAUUACAAAUUACUGCUUUGA